AUGUUCGUCAGUCUGAUUGCGCGUGCAACAUCCCGUGUCCUGGCCGACUCCCUCCGACGCAACGAGCAAUGGCUCGACAUAGCCAGUAACUACUCAGUCAACGUGGGCAUUACCAUCCUCCUACUACGUCCAUUCCCAAACUUCAUCAGACCCUUCAUUGCGCCAUUUCUCCCCUCCGUCCAACAAAUGAAGAAACAGCUACAAUUCGCCAAGAACCUCUUCAUUCCCAUGAUCAAAGAGCGCCGCUCUGCCGAGGCUGCUAAUAACCCGAACUACGUCAAGCCCGACGACUUUCUGCAGUGGAUAAUGGAUAUGGCAGAGGACGAGCAGGAUCUUGACCCCGAGGCACUGGCACAUCAUAAUCUGAUUCUUAUGAGCUUGGCCGUUGUGCAUACCAGCUCUAUCGCACUUUGCCAUAUUCUUUACGAUUUAAUCGCCAGACCGGAGUAUAUCGAGCCGUUGCGCGAAGAGAUUAUGCAGACGCUAAGCAGUGGAUGGGAAAACGCUACCACGGCAUCAUUUGACGCCCAGAAACGCUUGGAUAGUUUCCUGCGCGAGUCGCAGCGUUGGGGUCCACCAGGUGAAUGUGCGGGAUUUCUUUCCCAUUAA